AGGAGGAGUAGCUCAACCUCCUGAUCUCAAAGAGGAAGAGAGUCUGUCUUCGCUCGCUCACUGAAUUGGUUUGUCCGCUACUAGGUACCUGGCCUGUGCCUCCUCGUAGGAGCUGUGAUAAAGCUUAUUAAUCUUUCAUGUCCACCCGUUCUUUAUAGAAAAUGGGUAAUUGUUCGGGUAAGGGCGACGACCAGUUGCAAGAAGGGGAGGAUGGAAUGCAAACAGGUACAUUUACAGUCACCAACAUUAACGAUGACCAUAGACUGGUCCACAAAGGGAAGAUGGUAGUCACAGCCACAGAGUUGAUUUAUAUUGAUAACAAAACAAAGCAAGAGUGGGAGUGGCCUUUCAAGUAUUUGAGGCGGUACGGUUGUGAGGGUAACGUCUUUUCGUUUGAAGCUGGAAGAAAAUGUGCCAACGGUGAAGGAACCUAUGCCUUUAUAUGCAAGAAAGCCAACAUCUUAUUUAACAUGGUUGCAAGGAAUAUAACACAGGGCGGGGUCCAGCCUGACGUCGAUAAUAACAAUGGAACUGUUGAUGAGUUUCCUUUUCCACGUCCACAGACAGUGUCACCCCGCCCACAAGACCCAGAACCUCCUCCCCUGCCUCCGUUUCACCCUCCGAGUCCUCUCCCUCCCGCUCCUCUCCCUGCCCCUCCUCCUCCCGAACCAGACACUGAAACACCACAAGGACCCGAGGACUCUCCUCCCCCUCCUCCACCCAUUCCUCCUCCCGAAUCAACAAAGAACUAUUCUGAUCUCGUCUUCACAAAUGAGUCGUCAGAGCCUGUCCCGUCUGCUGCGGGGGACCAUGCCCCUUACUCAAAGAUCUCGUUCGAAGAGACGGAGAAAUUGAGUAGAGGAGGAGGCAAGAAGAUACCAGUGAAUGACCUAAGAUUAGGAGGAGAGAGGAGACACACUCACGGUGGGUCCACUUCAAGUAAUAAGAAAGUAAGGAAACACAGCAAGAAGUCCCGUUCGCCUUCUUGCUCAUCUAAUUCGAGUGUGAUAGUUGAGGCAGGGCCGAAAUUCCCAUCCGUAUCAGAGAGUAUACUAGAGGCUGGAGGAGAGAGACAGACCAUAACAGAGUCAUCGUAUCAGAACUUGUUGAUAGGAGAGGAAUUGAGAGAAGAAGAGAGGAGAGGGUCGAUUGAUCAGCCGACCUAUUCAAAUAUCGAUAUAAGCACGGGUGAGGUACUACCACCUGAUCAAUCAGUCCCACUGCAGCCUGAGUAUACCAACAUCAACAUUGGGCCAGCACCGUCAAGCAACGGGAGAAUAGGGGCCGGAGAGAUUGUCGAUCAACCGAAUUACGAGAACAUAAAACCCGGGGGCGUGGUAGCGUCCACUCCGAUAUCCACACCGACUCCGAGAUCGGACUAUCUUAACUACACAGUCUCCGGGGACAUGACCACACCUCCUGAUCAACCGAACUACACCAACAUAACGCCCGGCCCUGACGUGGCCACUUCGCUGGAUGCUCCUAAUUAUUUAAACAUAACACCAGGCCCUAAUGUCUCCUCAUCGAUUGAACCUGCUCGUAGUCACACAUACACUCACCAUUCGUUAGACUAUAGACACAGAUCAACGAGCAAUGUUAUAGGAGGAGGGGGAAGUGCUACAAUCAGUGGAGGGGGAGACUCCAUGCAAACUUAUAUAGAACUCGAUAUUUCAAAAUCGUCUCAGUAUGCACAGCUGGACAUAGGAGGAGGAGGAGGAGAGAGUGAGAGGUCUCUGAGGACGAGAGAUAGAGCAAUGUCCUCUUCUGUCAUUCAUAAUCAAAGUGACUCCUCUUUUCAUCAUCAUCCACAGCAGCAGCAGCAAUCAGACUAUACCGUUUUAAAUUUUGAAGCUAUGGCUGCCAUCAAGUCCAUGAGAGAAGAGAUUGAGGAAGAAGUGAAGGAGAAGGAGAAAGAGGCAAAAGAGAAGGCACACGGCAAUAAGAAAGGUGUAAAGAAAGGGAAAUGAAAUGGUUUUUUUUGUGUUUGUAUUUUUGAAAUCAGUAAUCACACUCAUUAUUAUUAUUAUUAUUAUUAUUAUUAUUUUGAUAUUAUUAUUGUUAUUAUUAUUAUCCAUUGCUCUUGUUCUGUUUCUUGUUGUGUUGUAGUUAUUUCCAUGUUGGAUACCGUUUAGUCUCAAA